AAUUUCUUCGAAUAUUAAUAAAGUAAUAAAAUAAUAAAUUUGUUUGGAUAAAAUAUUAGUGAGGAUGCCUAAGGAGUUGAAGGAGUUGAAGGAUUACUUGAGUGUCUUGAAGAGGCCGGAUGCUAGGUCUGUAGUGGUUUAUAAGAAAAAGUCCAAGGGAGGUCUUUUAAGUACAAAGUUUAAGGUUAGAUGCUCGAGGUAUCUUUAUACCUUUUCCGUACCGAACCAAGUCAAGGCCGCCAAAGUUGAAGCCACCAUCCCAAGCCACCUCGAAAAAAAAGUCAUCACCAAUAAAAAAAAUUAAACCCCUCAAUAUACUCAUUAUCA